AUCAGCGUGAGGGAACGGUUUUGAGAAUCGCGCUCGGAGCCGAAACCCCAGCGGAUUCCGUAGGGAGAGGGAACCGCUGCCGGGCAACGGGGAAGCGGCGGCGACGACGACGGAGUUGGAGGCUAUGUGGAAAUAAUGUCGUCCUUGUCGCAUGAGAAAACUAAAAUUGAUGUAAAGAGGAAGAAGGCAUCAGCAGCAGCAACAAGUAACUCUGCAGUGCCCACAGUUAAACCACAUCCUAGACCCAGUGAUCGAUUGAACCCAAAAACCAUAAAUGCAUUUGGCAAUCCAUUAAGUGAAAAAUCUGCAUUUGCCACAGCAUAUGCAAAAAGAGAGAUUCCUUGCAGGUUGGUUCAUGGUUCAGUCAGUCAUAAACUGCAAUGGGAGCAGCCACCAGAGACCAUUUCCUUUGACCCUGUCCUUAUCAUCUUAGCUGAGGGAUUAAGAGAAACCAAACACCCUUAUACAUUUGUAGCCAAAGAAGGCUUCAAGGAGUUGCUGGAGGUUGAAGAUGCGGCUGAAAAAGCGAUUCCCUUAGUUCCAAAGGUGAUUCCAAAGUUAAAAGCUGCUCUGACACAUUCAGAUGUUGAAGUAUUUGAGAGGGGAUUACAUGGUUUGGUCCAGCUGAGUGCAGUUGUUGGCCCUGCUGUGAAUGACCAUCUUAAACAUCUGUUGACUAGCUUGUCAAAAGGACUGAUGGAUAAAAACCUUAAGCAGUUGAUCACAGAUGCCCUGCAGAGACUAGAACUACAUGGUGGAAAGGAUUGCCUGGUCAUUAUUAAAUCCAAAAUUCCUACCUAUUGCUCUGUUUACAAUUGAAAAAGACGAUGUCUAGAUUUGGUCAAUAUAUUCAGCAUCCAGCUGAAAACCACAGAUGGCAAGAGCAUCUUGCAGGAGUUUUGAUCACGUGAAGUUCUGUUUUAUUUUCUGUAGUUUUGUGUACAAAAUCAAAUAAAUAUAUGAAAUCACAAAU